GUGAACACAUGUUUGUUUGUCUCAUUGCUGUUUGUUGAAUGCGCGAUGACGUGCGAUCAGGUGGAGCGACUCUGCGCUCACCGCCGGGCGCGACGCGUCAGAUGAACCGAAGACACCAGACGAGCGGGUCUGAUUCAACCGGUACGGUGCUCGCGUCGCGUCUUUCUCUUCAGUUUGGCGGUCGAGUGUAAAUCUCUUGUGACAGCGUUGGGGUGCGAGUGAUGCAUGAUGAUGCGAUUUCUGCUCAUGACUCUUCAUUGGAUGACAGUCAGUGCUUCACUGCAACCGUGGACACCGGCCGCCACCGGCCCGCUGGAGGAUGUCAUACGGCUGAAUGUUUCCAAAUGCCGCUCACCAAACAUGGAGGAAUUCACGUGUCAGUGGACUCCGCUUGAUAGCGAGGAAAACAUCACCUACACGUUUGUAUACAAGAUUGGUGAUGACGCCGCUCGGGAGUGUCCGGAUUAUGUGACCGGCGGUCCCAACACCUGUUACUUUGACACCAAACACACACAGAUCUGGCAGGUGUACUGUCUGAAUGUCACCGCACACACCCGGACGGGUCCAAUCACUUCACCCAAACACUGCUUGGAUGUGGUCGAUAUAGUGGAGACAGACCCACCCUUUAACUUGACUUACAGCAUAUUGAACAAAAGCGAUGAUGAAUCGGGUAACAUUGUGAUGUUGUCCUGGUUGUAUCCAGUUGCAUCUCAUGGUGGAUGGAUCACGCUGGAGUAUGAGCUGCGAUACAGACAACUGUCACACCCAGACCACUGGAAGGUGAAGGAGCGCUUGCGUGAAGCUAAUCUAGAGUUGCUGGAUCUUCCCACGGGCAGUUAUGAGGUCAUGGUGCGCUGCCGAUCCACUAAAAGUAAAUUAUGGAGCAGAUGGAGCGAUUCGAUCUACUUCACCAUCACUACCGGACGUCUGCCUGUUCACAUGAUGGUGUUCAUGUUGAUAACGGCCAUCGCAGUCAUGACCUUACUUAUCAUUGGCUUUGGGGUCAUCCCACGGGGCAAGAGUAUUAAAGCUUACCUCUUGUCACCGAUUCCCAAACCACGCAUCCAAGGACUGGACCCCAUGCUGAUAAAGAAGGGAAAGAUCGAUGAGAUCAAUCAUCAUUUCUCCUCUUUUCACGGCUAUAAAUCUCCACAGUACUGCAUGGAGACGUGGUACCAGGUCAACGUGGACGCGAGUCCGGCCGUGACGCUCAACAGCUUUCUGUCUUACUGUAAACAAGAAGACAAGGUGAACGGCGAAGCGUUCCCUCAGCAUCAACCCUUACUUCAGACGAACGUAGAAGAGCCCUCUCAAAAUCCUGCAGGGGCGUUGUCAGAGCCGAGCCAGACGCAGCCGGAGCUCAUGUCUUUCCCGGGAACAGAUUACACCAUGAUUCUGAACUCGGACCCCGCCACGAUACAGCCCGCCCAUCAGGACUUUUACACCUGCGUCAGUGAGAUUGCGUCUACCGGGGCGGUCCGUCUGGUGCCCUGCCUGCCUGACGCGCUUAAAAACACGCCCUACCUGCAGUUUAAAAACAAACUGGACGACAACGACUCGGACAAAAGGGCCCAGUUAGCGGCUCUGCUAAAGAAACAGAUGGAGAUGUUGUCCGCUCUGGAUGAUGCUGGUGAGACGGAGCAGAGCGAUUCUGCAGUGCCUUUACCUCCACAUUCAGCAGACCAGAAAUGAGCUGCUGGACCGGUUUGGUUACACACACACGCGACAGACAAUCACACACUACAGUAAAACAACAAACACUUCCUUCAUAGUUUUCUCUUGCUUUCCAGUAAAUGAAUGUUGCUUUAAGGAUGCUCAGAUAUUUUACUGGUCAACAAGACAACAAUAGUGAGAGUUUUUGUCGUGUAAAACAGACACACAGACACACAAACACAACUUCAGUCUAUGAGUAUCUGCACAGUGGUUCAUAUGACUGUUAGUGAAUAUUACAGUGAAAAACAUGAAAUAUGAGGGAGAGAGUCAUUACCUAAUUGCCUAAUGGUUAGAGAGUCGGGCUUUUAACACAAAGUUGUGACUCUGGUGGCCUUGAGCGAUUACCCCUUUUGCCCAGUUUCUUCACAAUCGUGUCAUUGGCACUUCACUUUCACAGAGUCAAAGAGACCAAUCACUGAAAUAUCUAAAGUCACAUUGUGCCUAACUAAAAACACAAGAUCCAAACACACACACUACACGUCUGAAUCUUUACUGGACUGCAGACAUUAAUAAAACCCAAAUGUUGUUUAACCCUACAGUAAAGAAAACACAAUUCAGAAGCUAAGAAUUUAUUAUGACUUAAAUUAAGGAUUGAUUGACAUCAGACUUUAGUUUGUUUCUGAACUUGAGUGGAUAUCCAAAAACUACACCUGUCUCCACAUGAAAAGGGUGCGGUUAGGUAUGAAUCAUGUACCAACACAAUCACAAUAACUCACGGAAGUGAACCAUUAUUGAUGUGUGUGUGUGUGCGUGUGUGUGUUCGUGCGUGCAUGUGUGUGUGUUUACUUUCCUGGAUGAAAGUGGUAGUCGCCUGA